CCCGGAUCUUGUGCACCAGCUGACCGAGAGAGUAAACACUGACUGAGAGGAAGGAAGAACUUUCUGCUCUCGGAUCCAGAAAGCUCGCGAAAGGCUACGAUUUGCAACCGUUAUAUCAUCGCCAAACGCUGGCGGAGAUGACCUCGUCCAAACGAAGUGAAAGUGACUGGCAAGGUUUAGUGAACGAGUUCUUGAUAUGCAAACGUAAGCUGGAGAGCAAGAAGGACGCGCUCCUCAUUCUGUCCAAAGAGCUGGACAGCUGUCAGCAGGAGAGAGACCAGUACAAACUGAUGGCCAACCAGCUGCGAGAGACGCACCAGAGCUUGAAGAAGAAAUACAGAGAACUGAUUGAUGGUGACUCUUCACUUCCUCCGGAAAAACGUAACCAGGUCAAUCUGGCUCAGUUGUUAAUGGAUUCGAGGGAGAGAAAUAAGAAGCUAGCUGACGAGAUAAAGGAACUGACUCAGAGGCUCAGCGAGACACAGGGAGAUAAUAAGCUGUUAAGAAUGACCAUCACCAAACAGAGGCUCGGGGACGAUGAAGUCGGGGUCAGACAUUUCCCCGCUCAUGAGCGCGAGGACCUGGUCAGGCAGCUGGAGGACGCAGCACUGCAUAGAGAAGAACUUGAACACAGUCUGAAGACGCUGAGCGAUGAACUGCAGGACGUAAAGGCAGAGAGGAACGUGUUUAAGGAGAAGUCUGACCGUCUCAACCUCGAGCUGAACCACAUCCUGGGAGGCCAGGAGAAGCGCAUCAUCGAUGUGGACGUGCUCUGCAUGGAGAACAGAUACUUGCAAGAGAGAUUCAAACAAGUUCAAGAGGAGGUCGGUCUGUUGAAGAGUAACAUUCAGAAAUAUAAGACCGCUCUGGAUCGCAGAAGAAACCCUGAGAUCGCUGGCAAGUCUAACAGCAGAGCACUUACCGGAGUCCUUUCCCCUAAACAAGUGCAGGGUUUGUUGUCAGAGGACAAUGGUUGCAGUUUACCAGCCACACCUCAGUCGAUCUCAGACCUGAAGUCUUUAGCCACGGCCUUACUGGAGACCAUUCAUGAGAAGAACAUAAUCAUUCAGCACCAGCGACAGACCAACAGAAUUCUGGGAAACCGAGUUGCUGAUUUGGAGAGAAAGCUGAAGACUCUGGAAAUGUCAGGGUUUUGGAGUCUCCCCGGAGGCGGUGAUGCCAUCGCUCUGAGCGCCGCUCCUCUGUCCUCCAGCCACCGUCCACAGAAAACCACUCGCCCUCGACCCGCUGCAGAUGACAGGACAGGAAGAGGAGGGCCGUCGCUGAGGGAGCAGGACACAGCUGGCGAUGACAUGUGGCUCGCUCCAGAGCAGGUGGACACACCUGUCGCUCCUGACAUCGACACUGGGAGGCACACUAAUGAGGUGAAGGAGGGUCCUGUGGAAAGAAACACGGCCGUCUGCCCAAAAACACGUUCCGGUCGGGAAGCAGAGGGAGGACCGUGUGUGGAAGAGGGACAGGUUUUGGGGGAGCUCUGUCUGAUGGCGGAGGAGGCCGAGGACGCAGCUUUGGCUCUGGAUCCCGCACAACUAGCUUCAGUUACUCUGGAGCAAACCGAUUGGGACAGAGCCGACUUUCAAUCCUCUGUGGGGCUGCCGAGAGCUCGCUUUGACCACAGUCUGGACGGUUCCUCCAGUAAGAAGGAGCCCGUUGAGCAAAGUGACUCUGUUCUGAUAUAGGACGGGAGAUGAAGGUCUGAAGGGUUGGAAAAUGCCUGAACGUCGCAAUUUAUUGGUCAGAUGAAUAAAACGAUCCACAUUCCAUACAGUAUGUAAUAUUGAGGCAAAAAAAUAAAAAUUAAUUCACUGCAAAAAAAUAAAUAAAUGAAUACAA